AGGAAAUAAUCUGUCAGUCUGUGUCUAAACGCCGUCCAGUAGCGACGCAUUGGAGUAUAAAGUUUAAAUGAAUUAAAAAAAGUUCUUAUAUUAGAAAAACGAAAAUGAAAUGUGACUGCGAUUACAUCCUGUCUAACGAAGAUUGGGAUCCCCACUAUCAGAACUGUAGCACAAUAUGGAACAAAAACUACGGCACGCCAUCUCCCAAAAAUGCGGAUGGAACAUUUAAUUUGACAAACAAACAUCUCGAACAACUGGACGUCGAUAUUUUAUACCAUUUGGGCUUAGACAAUAAAAAUUAUGACUUGCCGAAAAUGUUUGGAGACGUCAAGUUCGUAUGUAUGGGUGGCACUAAAUACAGAAUGAAGGAAUUUGCUUCUUAUGUUGCCAAGGCUUUAAAUAUAGAAUGCAAAGACCCUGUCAAUUUAACUAAGCAUUCUCAUCGAUACGCCAUGUACAAAGUGGGACCGAUUAUUUCUGUUAACCAUGGAAUUGGUAUACCAUCAAUGUCUGUACUGCUACAGGAAGUUAUAAAAUUAUUGAGCUAUGCGAAAGCUAAAGAUCCUAUAAUAUUCAGAAUAGGUACGUGUGGUGGUUUGGAUAUACCACCAGGAUCUGUGGUGAUUUCAUCGUAUGCUCUCAACGGGACUUUGGAGAAAACUUACGAUGUUCCCGUGUUAGGAGAAAUGAGAAAGAUUCCAUCGUUCUUUGAUAAUCGUUUGAAUCAAGAGAUACUUCACGUUGCAUCUGAGGUGAAGGGCUUUACAACUUUUAUCGGCGGAACAAUGGCGGCUGAUGAUUUUUAUAGAGGUCAAGGCCGUCUCGAUGGACCUUUCUGCGAUUACACAGAAGAAGAUAAAUUAUCGUUCAUCAAUAAAUUAGUGAAAAUGGGUGUUAAGAACAUAGAAAUGGAGGCGACCGCUUUUGCGGCUAUGACUAGAGAAGCUGGCUUGAGAUCGGCGGAUAUUUGUGUAACGUUUGUUAACAGAUUAAAAGGAGAUCAGGUUACUCCUACUAAAGCUCAGUUGCUUGAGUGGCAAGAGAGACCAAUGCUGGUGGUUACGAAGUAUAUUUCCAAAUACUACGAGAGACUAUCCAAGUGAUAAGAUAUUUUUAAUGAAUAUUUAAAAUCAACUACAUAUUAAAAGUUUGUUUUAACUAUGU